AUGCGUUCCUUCUCUGUCCUUGCCACCGUCGCUUGUGCAGCUCUUUCCUAUGCUGCCCCUCUCGUCAAUGUUGCCACUAGUGCUGACAUCACACCCGUUGCAAAUGUUGACGCGGAGGUCCACGUUCGCACCUCAACCAAUUUGGUCGAGGUGAUCACGCAAGUCAACCUUGACGUUAGCAUUGCCAUCGCUCCCCUCACUUUUAUCACUUCCGCUAACAGCACUCUUGCGGCCGUUCAACCCGUUGUCGACAACGUUAAAGCUAUUCUCGUUAGAGCUAUCGGGGACGUUAAAACUCUUGCCAGCGGCGUUGCUGGAGGUGGCAUCCUCGGGACUGUUACUGGAGGGCUUCUUUCUGUUACUGAAGUUGCUGGUUCGCUUGCUGACCUUGUCAACCUUGUUUUGGGCACUGUCGGAGCCGUGCUCAAUGUGGUCUCUGGCGCUGACAAGACUGUCAUUGAAACUCUUCUUAAAGAGGUUGCCGGCCUCGUCGGUGACCUGCUCCAGGUUGUCCUCCCUCUCGCCGGCGGUCUUGUCACAGCUCUCCUUCCUUUGAUCGGUAGCUCCAUCACCGUUGCCCGAACCCUCGGUGUUACCAGUCUACUUGCUGGACUCGGACUCGGACUCUAG